UCCGUAAAUUCAGGAUUUAUGUAAGAUUUUGUUGUAUAAAAGGAUUAAAUGGGAGGAUUUAGAACACAGUUGCAGUAGUUAUCAAAGUCCAUAUUUAGUAAACCCUAGCUUUCUAAUUUGGUCCUGAAAUGGCACUUCCACUAAUUGAUGAAAUACUCUGUCGCCUUCCUGUUAAGCAUCUUCUUUGUUGUCGAUGCGUGUCGAAAGAUUGGUGUUCACUUAUCGAUAGCGCUGCGUUUAUCAAGAAACAUCAUGCCAAUGCUAUUGAAUGUAACCCUGAGGGUGAUGGAGUAAUUAUCAAUGAUAUUGAGUGGAACCCUACUGAUGGUGAUGGUGAAGUUGUUACUCGAGGUCAGUAUUGUUUGACCGAUCUCGAGUCGUUGUAUGGUGAUGAGGAUGAGGAUGUUGUGGAAAUUGAUGAGCCGCUUAAGGCGGUUUUGUGGAAUGCGGGGUUUGUAGGGGCGGCGAAUUGCUUAGCUUGCUUUUGCAAGAAUGGUGUUAAGGAGUUUGUGGUAGUGAAUCCAGCAACUAGGAAGUUUAGGAAGGUGCCUAGCAUGGUGGGUGAGAUUGGGGAGUGGUUUGAGGCGGCUCUGGUUACCCGAUUCGGGUUUGGUUAUGAUCAUGUCAAUGAUGAUUACAAGAUUGUGAGGGUUGCGCAGUUUACACAGGAUAAUCCGAAUUCGUUUCAUGGCAUAGUGGUUGCGGUCUACAGCUUGAGAUCUGAUAAUUGGACGGAGAUUCAGAAUGUUCCUAGUAAUGUUUGUCUUGUAACUCAAUUGGGCUUGUUUACGAGUGGAGCUUUGUAUUGGUUGGGGAAUAAGGUUUCACAUGGUUUGUAUCAUAGGAUUAUUGUUAGUUUUGAUCUCGGGAUUGGACAAUAUAUGGAGAUCCCAUUCCCUGUGCUACCAUUUCUUGUUCCCAAUGAGUGUUUUUCUGUUGUUCCUACUAGAGGAUCCCUUUGCAUCUUUAAUAAGCAUGCGGAAUCUGGUAUGGAUGUGUGGUUGAAAAAUAAUUCUGGGGAGGAAAGUCCUUGGUACAAAGCAUUUUCUGUAGAGCAAUGUGCGCUUGGAUCUUUUGAGUAUAUUAAACUUGUUGCUUUUUCCAAGGAUGGCAAGGAGGUAUUAUUGAACGUGGGUAACACAGACUGUCGAAGCACCACAAAACUUGUGUGGUAUGAACCUGAAAGGAAGGUAGUGAAAAAUGUUAGGAUUCGUGGUAUUCCAAGCAGGUUUGGUUCAAAACUAUACAGAGAGAGUCUCUUGCAACUGACCAAGAAUGAGGGUCUCGUACAACUGACUGAGAAUGAGGGUCUCCUACAACUGACUGUGAAUGAGCAGCUGCAGAAGCCAUCAGAAGACAAGAAAGAAGAGAAACAACAAAAGAAAAGGGAUACCUGGUUCACGGAAAGAUGGAGAAGUUGGAUAAUGAGGUAGAUUCUUCUGUAGUCUAAAGUUCGCGCCAGGAAGUUUUAUGGCUAUUAUUGUUUUUAUUGUCGUUUAGUGGUGUAAAGUUUGGGUCUUUGGUUCUUCCAUGGCAACAGUUUUCAUUAAGUAUUCACUAUUCCCUCAUUAAGUAUACCAUUCCACUGGGAAUAGAACUUCAGUGGGAAGAUUUUGUUUAGUUUAUGCGUCUUUGUAUAUAUACUCCUCCAUUAUAUAGAUGGGAUGCGUGAAUUUGUUAUGAGAUA